AAGAACAGGAAAAGAAAAGAAGAGAAAAGGCACUGUGAUCUUCCCUUCUAACCCAGAAGAAGCACAACACAACACGGGAUCGAUCGGCAAUCGAUUCCACCACCAUCGUCUUUACUGAAAUGUCUUCUUCUUCUUCCACUACCAGCGUCCAUAUCAGCGCCUUGAACGCCAUCGUCAACGUUAACUCGCUCUUCACUUUGGCCGUCUUCCUUGGUUUGACUUGGAACCCCUACGACCCUAGCAACAGUCUCAUUACCAAUUCCAACUGCGUCGCCUCCCCUUCUAUUGCCGAGAACCUCGUUUCCUUCCAUGUCUACUCCUUCAGCUCCUUUCUCUUCUCCAGCCUCGUCGCCCUUGCUCUCAAGCAGGCCAUCCGCCUCUCUCGCUCCCCCGGUUUCCACUACCCCGUCGAGUUCUUCGCCCACAUCAACAAAACUGUUCUCCGCCUCGGCAUGCUCGUCUCUGGUGCCGGUUCCGUCUGCGGUUGUGGGUUCUUGAUGAUGGCCUUGGUCAAUGUGGUUCAGAUCAAGCUGGGCACCCUGGCCUGUGGCAGUGCCCACACUUAUUCUGCUGUCGUCCCGCUCUUCAUACUGGUUCCUUCUGCGCUUCUCAUUUACGUUUCUGUUGUUUUGUACGCCUUUACUCGCUAGGAUUUGUGGGCUAGAUAGUGUCUUGUCGCAUAUCCUGUAUGAUUCGGCUUUGUCCUUUGCGGAACACUAAGUGUCCUUCCAGUACCUUGUAUGAUUCAGCUAAAAUUACAUUGAAUAUGAGUUUUUUUUGCCUUAUCUCCUUCCCAUUUUGCUAUUCGCUUAGCACUGUUGUGAUAUGGAGAGCACGGGAACGCAACAAAAUUGAAU